AUGUCCUCAUCGUCAUCUGCCCUCCCGACACCAAGGCAGCUCCUCACCUCGAUCCUGAACCAGAUCUCCAAGAUUCCAGCGCCCACGGCGCCAGGCCCAGGAGAUGCACCGGCACAGAAAAGCAGCACAGUAACCAGGACCGACUCGUUCCCCGAGCGGGCGCGCGAGCCGCCGACGAACCCCCUCAGGUUGAUAGAAGCCAGCCACCGGCCGCUCUUCACCACGCUGCACGUGCUCUUCCCUUCCCUCCUGCUGCCGGCGCUCGACCUGUUGGACAGGGGCCUCGUCGCGCGUCUGCUGAGCCCGGGGGAGGCUGCCACAUCCAUGUCGGCUGAAGGAGGCUCACUCGCGCACCAAGACGGCGGGUCUCACGGGACUCAGCAGGAGGACGGCGGGGGCUCGCAGGUGCGCGAUUCUACGGCUGCGGCUGCAGCACUGCCAACGUCACCAUUGGUGUACCUAGUCCGCUCAGCACAGAAGCCGACGCGGCGGCCCUACGGCGGUGGCGGCGACGCACCAGGGACGACAGCCGCACCUACGACCACCAGCAGCAGCAGUAGCCAGAGGACCUACGUCGUGCACACAACGGCGUGGAACUGCACGUGCGCGGCCUUCGCAUUCUCGGCGUUCCCGCCCCUCGCGGGCGCGCCCACCCUCCUGGGCCAGGGGCACAAUGGGCCGGAGGAUCCCGUGUCCGCGAUCACCAUCAUGGAUGACGGCGACGACGCAGAGGAGAGCGAGGAAGGAGAGGAGAGGGGCCCGUGGCAGUUCGGCGGGGUGAGCUUCGACGGCUGCACAGGCGAGGGUGGCGUUCCGCCGUGCUGCAAGCACCUGUUGGCGUGUCCUCGCCGAGCGCUGGGGUUGUGGUCUGGGGAGACGUGGGAAGGACGGCAGGCCAAGAUCAACUUGCAUUUACACCAGAGGGUAUCAUGGGUAGCACGCAAGGCGUAUACGCGCAACGGGGAGUUUGAGGUCUUUGGGUUGCUGUUUUGCUCAUGGCAUAUGAUUCUGGCUGGGCGCUCCGUCGGUUUCUUGUCAUGA